AUGUCGACGCUCAGUCAGAGUCUCGCCAUGCACAAUGCCUCGAUUCUGCAGGGGAAGAAGCCGCAGGAAGAGAAUCACUCCAUCCUCCAUUACUCUCCAUACUCACUAUAUUCAAUUCUGGUGCGGGUAGCCUUGGGAAUGGGCCGCAAGUUGAACCCCGACACCGCGCCAGAGGUCCGUUUGCAGUUGGUAAAUGUCCAGCAAGGUGAUAACCUCACACAUGAGUAUCUCACCUUGACACCCAAAGGCCAGGUCCCGGUGCUGAAGACAAUAUCGCCAGGCCUGCCCGAAGUGGAAGUUCUGGCAGAAAGCCAAGAUAUCCUUCGUUGGCUCUGUAGCAAGCAGCCAGAGUUGAUGCCCGAGGCACACCAAGAAGAGAUCCAACGGGCACUGCACUUGUUUUACAGCUUCCAUGCGAAGCCCUUGACCAUCAGACCCGAGGAGAAGAGUGGUGGCAUUGUGAACCACGCAGCGGCCAUGCUGGAGAACCCCGACAUCACAGACGCCCAUCGGCGGUGCCUGGAGGUCAAAAGCAUAUUCCAUGACACCCUCCACAGCGGCUCCCAAGACCCGGACACCGUGCGUGAGGUUGAGAGUCAAGCCAGGCUCUUCCUCGACGCAGUGGCGGAAAUCUUGGACAAGAGGGCCGGAGACGGAAUCUAUCUUUACGGGGGGUCGCCAACGGUUCUCGACGCUGUCGCCGUGUCACUCUUGGCACGCUUGAUGGACAUCGGUCGGACGAACUUGCUGACAGACACGCUGAUACGUUACCACAACGCCAUAAGGCAAACGAGGGAAUGGACGGAUAUCGUCCCGGGGUCGACGGUCGUCUAAUUUAUUAAGCUGAGUAAAUACAGAAGCGACAGGCGUUUGUGGACUUGGUCUCGGGAGACAAAGAGUGGACUUGCUUUGCCAACCGCUGUGAUCAGUGGCGUUGGCGCCUUUAUGGCGGUUCACACGUUGGGUGUGCAUUCAGACGGCUACUGUACGUACCAGCGCGAGCAGCCCAUCAGGUUUACCAUCUCACGAAUCCCCGGACAUGUUGACGAGAUAAUUAACGCCCGCAGCUCGGAGACCUGGACAGGUGCUCAUUGGUUGACUGAUCGAUACCAACCAAGCCUCAACGCAGCCACGGCGGGGAUGAUAAGUUAGAUAUUGCGAGAGUUGGAAGAUUCGCAGACGUUGACUGAAC